AUGACAAUAAUAAGUGGGUUUAAUGCUGACAAUAAACAGUUGACAACAAAAACAUUUAGUUUGUUAGUACUGUCGGCACUGUUGGCAAAUAAAGUACGGUUAGCUAUUGGUGACUGUGGUUUGCCGGCAAUCCCGGAGUCAACCAAAUUAAGUUUAUUCAAGAGUCGUUACGCCGAGCAAACUGUUGUCAGCUAUGAGUGCGAGGACGGCGAUAGUGUACUGAUUGAGGGCCAGUAUUGCCAGUGUGUCAACCAUCGCUGGAAUGGUACACUUCCCAGAUGUGCCAAACAUAUUGAAACAGUUUUGCUAAAGCGUAUUGAGAUCCGGGAGAUGUCCCGACAGCAGGCCGUCUAUCGGGAAAUGCCGUGGACAGCACAGACACCGAGAAGAGUGGCCAAAAUUGUCAACAACAAUGCAAAGUAUACGGAAUGUCCCAAAACAAAGUUCUUGUGGACAGUAAAUCAAAGCCAGAGCUGGACUUUUCAUAUAAUCCGUGGCUAUUAUUUCAAUUAUUUUUUACUAUAUUUGAGAGGAGGCCCGAUAUUGGAGUUGGCACGCAAUGGUAGACUGAAUAUGACGGCCAAAAUUGAGGACUUAAUUAUAGCAAAGUACUGUCAAUUGGAGCGCUUCCAGCUUUUGGCUGAUACCAUAACCUAUGAGUUAGGUUUUGUUUGCGACAAAACUGAACACCAGAUGAUUGUUAUGUCACACGAAGGUGUGGACGAAUCAAUUGAGAAGAUUGUCAUCAAAGUUGAUGUCCCCGACGGUGAUGUACUCAAUAUUACCACAACGUUUUGCGAUCUUCGUCUAUAUGUGAUAAGCGAUUUAUGCGGAUCACCGGAAAAACCGCUGGACUCAGUAGUGUUGGCCAGAGAAAAGACAUAUACAGUGUUUAGCUGUCGGGAAGGAUUUCAAUUGGUCGGCAACCAGAAAGUCCGGUGUUCGCCGACCGGCGUAUGGAUUGACAAGUUUCCUGUGUGUGCACCGCAAAAGACAUGCAAAAUACCGGCGCUGGACAGCGACAACAACGACGAUGACUCUGUUCUCAGUGUUCAACACAAAAAUUAUUACCAAAUUAAUGGUACAAAAUAUGCCGUCACCGAUGAUUUGGCAAUAUAUUCGUGCAAUAAUACCGACACCAAUGGCACAAUUGUGCGCUUAAUUGGCCAACUAAGUCGUAUCUGUAAAGACGGCAAAUGGACAGGUAGUCAACCUGUUUGCAGCAAUCAAUCGGCAAAUUCAAUUUUUGGUGAAAUACCGAUGCAAAUGAUGGAUGGAAGCGAUUCCAAAAUGCGUGUCUAUAUGUCCACCCGAUUGGUGGUUAUUGUAAUGGCAAUGUUGGGCUCGUUUUUUGUCGGCGGUGUCAGCGUAUCGGUCAUACUGUAUAUGAUAAUCCAAAAACGUCAACAAACAUCACGGAAACGGGUGCCCGACAUAUCCAUUGUCAUCAAUGAGGAUCAUAUCGAUGGUGACGGUGAAGAUGGAGACGAUCUGACGGUAUACGACAUGGAUAUGAAGCGCAACGAUGAUUACCAAUCGCUUCGCGGCAGUCAAUUCAGCAACGAAUUGGUGAAUCCUCUAUACGAAGACUACCAGAAAUACCGGCGAUCAUUGGAUACUUCAAUCAAUAAUCUCACUCAGACAUAA